AACCCAAGCCCUCGUCGGAGCAAGGAAACCCUCCUCCUUUCUCUACAAAGAUCUCUCGCGACGCGGCGCUCCUCAUUUGGAGCCGGGCCUAUCUCCGUCUAGGGUUUUUUUACAUGUUCUCUGCAGCUUUCAUGUCUUAUGAAUGGAGAUACAGCCUAGCUUCACCACCGAUUACCUCGCAUCCGGUCCUCACUUCGUAGCCGCGGUCGCCACCGCUCUCUGCCUCCUCCUCGGCUGCCUCCUCCUCACUGUCGUCUCCUCGAAAUCGAAGAAGCCCUCCAAGCAGUCGGUGAGCUUGAAGCCCUGCGACUGCGCGUGCACCUGCGGCUCGAGCGUGCCGAAUUCGGAUUCCGCCCCGAUGGCUGUUGGAGCGACGUACGUGAACGGAGGUGGCGCAGCAGAGGUGGCUGCCGCGGCGGAGAGGCAGAGCGGGGCUUCAAUGAUGGAACAGCUCGUGCCAGAGAUUACGACGCAUGCACUGAGUUACCUCGAUUACCCGAGCUUGUGCCGGCUUUCGAUGACUAAUUCCUUAAUGCGGAAGGCGGCUAAUGAUGACAAUGCCUGGAAAGCGCUCUAUCAUAAGGAUUUUACGUUGGAACAAAAUAGCGUGACACCAGUCAAUGGGUGGAAAGCCUACUAUGCGGCUACAAGGGCUAUUGUGAAUAUUAAUUCAAAAUUCUUUAACGUCAUUAGAGAAAGGGCCCUUCAAUCAAUGAGCCGCCUUUGGCACAAUGCGGAUUAUGUCAAGUGUGUUCAUGCUUCUGGGGAAAUCUUUUCUGGGUAUAAUGCUGUGAUACAAAGUUGGCAGCUUGCAUUUAACUGGGAGCAAGGUGUUGACUUCCAGGUCCGCGACGUUCGUGUCCGAGUGCUGACAGACAUGGCUUGGGUCACCAUGAAAACUUUUGUUGACAUGGAUACCGGGCCUUUUAACGUGACUAAUGUCUUUGAAUUUCAUAAUGGACAGUGGUACAUGGUACACCAUCAUAGCUCGGUGAUGCUCAUUGAUGGAGACGUGGAUCAACAAAACAUUCAUGGAUAAAUGGAUGAGCAGGCAGUUGCCGAGAAUGAAGAUCAUAGUCUCGGUCGCUGGAGAAAUAGUGGUAACUAGUCUGUAGGGAGGAAAGGAUUUGAAAAAGUGGUUCAAUUAUCUGUGAUUUUGUCGAGGGGUACUCUAUAAUUUUUUCCCCCCAACCUUUCUAAGGGUGAGUCUGGUACAUGAAGGCUGUCUUGCUUUACCAUCCAUAUCACAGUGUUUCUUCUUGUUCUGUUCUGUAUAGUCUUGCUCAACCUAUGAAAGUACAUACACGAUAGCAAUGAGAUUCAAUUUGAGGGAUGAA